UUUUCUCACAGAAAAACCAAGAAAACAUCAACGACAAGUGAUUAUAGUAUAAGCCCUGGUCGAUGAACACGGGCGUCUAGCAAACCGAUUUAAUUAUUCGCGUUCAGAAAAUUUACCUUUUGCAUUGUUAAAUGCAAGCAAAAACAGUUUUCCAAAAUGAAAACAUACUAGUCAAACGGUGUAAUUUUAGUGAUAAUAUAAGUUGUCUGUGUAAUAUUGCUAUAGUUAGUAGUGUUUAUCAUGUAAAAGUGAGGGUUUAGGAUUAGUGUUUUGAGAUUAUCGUGCACUGAAUGUCCACUUGCGUUGAACCGGAACCGUUUAGUAACCAAAGAUAUUCGGGUUAAUUCGUUCAGCCAAACACUGGAAAGAUGGUUCACUUUUGCAAAUUAUGUCAACUGCUCCACAAGAGCAUGGACUACAUAGAAUGCGACGAAAGCAAUGUCUGGCUGCUAGAAAGUGUUUUCAAGCUGAAAAUUGUUCCGAUCAAUGGCCGAGUAGAACCAAUUUGUCAGAGAUGUAUCGACAGAUAUAACAAAGUGAUGCGUCGGAAGCGAAAGGCCAAUGGUGGCUUUCCGAUUUCGCAAAAUGAAAUCUUUCCGAUCACGACCACAACGACUGUGACCUCGUCCCAGCUGGUUAUAGCCGGAUCGAUGAUGAACGGACAGCUGCAGGAACCUCAGAUGGCUUUGGCAACCGCGGCCCAGCUGCAGGAAGAGGACGCUGCCAGGAAGGCCUCUUUAAUGAGUUCCAAUAGCUUUCAACUUAAUAUUACGGGAGCUGCGGCAGUUUACAGAACUGUAGGUAAGGAUGAACAUGGAAGUUCCGAUGAGGAAAGUUCGGCUGAGAAGAGCAGCGAUGUGGAUGACGAAGAAGACGACGUCGAUGGGGAUAGCAGUGAUUCUAGUGAUUGCUGCAGCGAUGGGUCUGGUGACAGCAGCUCUAGUUACAGCACAAGCAGCAGCAGCGGAGAAAGUUCUUCCGAAACAAGAACUAGUCUGACGGUGGAGAAAUGGAUAGGUGAAGUGAGGUGUGAAACGACAGCAAACGAUGCAACGUCGGUUAGUGCCUUGCCGAAUGGUUUCGAGAUGGGUGAUGCAGCAAACAUGCAGGAAAAGUCUGAUGUGGCGGACAAUAGUGCAGAACCAAUGCGAGACGAUGCGGAGCUAAUAAUGGAUAUGGUCAAAGAAGAGCCACAAGUAGGUAGUAAGGAGAAGAAAAGUUCAACAGAACAUGUUUGCGAAAUUUGCAAGAAGAAAUUUUCGAGGGCAGUUUAUUUGAAGGUACACAUGCGAACUCAUACUGGGGAGAAGCCCUUUGCGUGUGAGAUUUGCUUCAAAAGCUUCACGCAAGCUUCAAGUUUGAAUACCCACCGACGGUUACAUACCAACUACCGGCCGUUCGUCUGCAAUAUUUGUGGCGCUGAGUACAACAGUUCGGGAAACUUCAGAGUUCAUUUCCGCACCCAUACUUCGGAGAAACCUUACAGUUGCAGCUUCUGCGAAAAAACCUUCAAUCAAUUGUCUUCAAAGAAACUGCAUGAACGGGUUCACAGGAACGAAAAACCAUACGUUUGUCAGAUUUGCAUGAAGGCAUUCACCAGUGUAAGCAAUUUGUAUGUCCACUCACGAAUUCAUAACAAGGAACGUCCGUACGCGUGCGACCAUUGUGAUAAACGCUUCGCCCAAUCACAGACCCUUAGAACGCAUAUACUGUCGAGACACACGGAAGAUCGUCCCCAUAAAUGCGACAUCUGUCCAAGAACAUACGCGACUCUGUCCAAUUUGAAAACGCACAAAAAUCGCCACCUAACUGUAAAACCGUUCGUGUGUGACGAGUGCGGAAGUCGGUUUACCCAGAAAAGUUCUCUGAAGACGCAUCUUAUGUCACAUCGGGGCGAACCGGACCAUCGUUGCGAGAAAUGCGGCAAGUGCUACUCGACCCCUGGCAAUCUAGCCACUCAUCAGAAGACGGUUAAUUGCGGCAAAAGUGCCUCACCGGCGGUGGUACAUCAAUGCGAAGUGUGCAAACGGUUAUUCAAGACAGAGGUGAGAUAUCAGAAGCACAUAAAGACGGCGCAUAGGAAGGAUAUCACCGCCAUACCACCGCCAGCACCAUCACCACCGACAACAACGACGAUGACGGCAAUAACGACGACAGCCCAGGAUGACGACUUGCCACCGGUAGCUGGAGCCUGCGAGGAUGGUCCGGAUUCGCUGAAGGAAAUUUUAGCCGACAGCUUGGACGUUCUUUCGUCGGCACUGGUAAACGAAUUCGAGGACCAUUUUGCUGCGCACAAUUUCUAAUGAGCGACAGGCGAAAUUUUUAUAUUUAGAGGAAUUUGCCAUUUUUUUACAUGGCUGAAUGAACCUUUUCCCGGGCUAAAAUGAUGUAUUUAAAAAUUUUAGAUUUACGGGAUGCUUUUUGGAAGCUUACGUUCAUAAGUUUGAGUCUCACGAAAUUAUAUAUUCUAACAGAAGAGGCUCGUCUGCUUGAAGCUGUGGAACAAUGCUAUUACAUUUUUUUGGUAACCGAAAAACGAGCAACUUAAAAUCACUGCAAAAGGUACUGCUGUAUUGUUUCCACUUGGAACGAAAAAAUAAAACGCGGCGAGCGUCUAAAUGAAGGAUUGUGGUAAGGAAGAUAUGCACAAAAUAAGAGAGCACGCUGGUGCACGAACGCAGGUUUGACUCAGGACUACGAAAGUAUUUUCUCCGAAAGUUUAGCUCAAAUGUGAUACCAAUUAUCUAUCUCUCUGAGCUGAUCGAAACUUGAUAUGCACGUUGCACUAACAUCAGCCACCAAUAAUAUGUGGAACUGACGAUGUUAGAUACCAUCGGUCAAUGUGGUAAUUUUGGCCAAAUAUGAUGCCAUACGGUUGGCAUUGCUAGCCAAUGAAAGGUGCUUUCCUACCGUGAAAGUAUCUCCAAUUAACUCUCCAUUACAAAGGACGGCACAACUGAAAAUAAUCGCACCGAGUCCAAUGAUGGUGCUCUGCCUUCUGAAAAGGAAGGGUUGAUUCUUCGCUGCAUCACAGUUAGUUUUGCCAAAAUUUAUCCUCGAAUACGAUGAAUUCGGCAAGUAUAUGAAAGUUAUCAGUAUUUGAAAACUUCCAUUCCGCCAACAAAAAAACGUUACAUUACAGACAAACAGACGUGCCCCUUCGAAGAAAAUCCUGAAAAAUUUUCAUCCUCAUUCGAAACCCACCCAUUGCCCACUAAUUUAUUUUCGUAAAACGGUUUUUGUCUUUGCUAAUGGGUGUGCACGCUUGCUUAAAUCAACACCAGCGACAUUACUAACGGUUUUGUCUUUGAUAAUGAAUUUGCACGUUUGCCUAUAGCGACACUAGCGGCAUUAUUGCCCACCAAGCAAAAUUUCAAUUUAAUCGUUAUUUUUCUGGUCGAUGAAACCGUCAUCGAGUAGCACGUAUGUUUGUCUGUGAUUGCAUGCUCAUUUCAGUUUCCACAGAAUGUACCCCAGUAUAGUGAAGAAAAACGUAGUCCUACGUCAAAAAGGGUGGCAAAAUGGAUUGUAGGAAGUAUCAAGCGAUCAUCAGCUGCAGAGAUUAGUGGGAAAGUAUCAAAAUUAAGGCUUUUCAUGUUGUGGCGAAUCUUCCAAAUAUGUCGUGAAUAUUACGUAGGUUUUUUUUAUUCCUUGGUCUCAAGGUCACUUACAAUUCUCUGGGGUUAAUUAUCAUUAUACAAUAUGCGUGAGUGAAAAGAAAAAAAUUAUAUAACUAGCCAACCCAGCAGAUAACAUCAGCUUUUCAAGCAAAAUAACCGAAAGCGUUCACCCUAAAUUAUCAAAAAUAGCACCAAUUUGGACGACAAAAUACAUAUUUCAAAAGAGAAAGUUAGUCAUCCCAAUUCAAACUAUAAUCAACGUAUACAAUUUAUACUAAGUAUUUAAUCAACGAAAAAAAAAAAACAA